AGUUGAGCUGGAGCAAAGGCACACACACACACACACAUGAACGUGCAUGGACGCAUGAAGCAAUAUAGAUGCCCCUGCCCAGAUUUGAGUUUUCACAGCAAAGAAACACAACAAAGGUUACAGCUUUAAUACUUACAGCUAUUAUAUCUUUUCUAAAACCGCCUCCUCCUCCCGCCUGAGUCGGCAUCCCUCCACGCCCUGGAUCACGCCUGCCCUCCCUCUCCCACCCUCACCGUCUACCUCCUUUAAAACCCAUCACUCCCGUCCCACUGCUCUCACACGUUCGGACUUUUCCAACCUGGAACAGACGCUUUUAUUUUACUGAGACAGCAAUCAGCACCUGACAAAAUGUGGCCCAGUGCUCAGAGUUAUUCUCUUAACUUUUUGUUGCAGUAAAGUCUUCCAUUUGCAGAUUUCAAUUGGAAUACGGACCUAUCGUUUGGCUUAAAAGACGCGACUGAUGAGAUGAUUUUACAGUUUGUGAAACAGUCCUGUAAGUAUGAUGUGUUGCUGAUUAAAGUUUGGCUGCAUUUUGGAAUUCGACCUCCAAAACAGAACGAAUAACCGGCUGUGCAGAGACAUGAACUGAUGUGUGGGGACCGUUCCCUGAUUCUGGACCGGAACCGUAAACCUAAAAAAACCAAAACGCAGAAAGGAGAGAGGGCUUUAACGGUGGAGAAGGGCAGCGUGCUGUCAUAGACCCAUCCUGACGCACGGAGACGGACAGACAGACACACAGUCUGAUGCCAACUGUCUCCCCUGUCAAUCUCACGGCACCACUCCUCCUCCUGUUGCUAUGGGCAACCCACCCUGCCAUGGCAACCAACUGGCUCUCCCUGGCGAGGCUGCCUCGCUCCAGGCCCGUGUCUGGUGCUGCUCCAUGUGCACGACUGAGGGGGCUGACCCCAGGGCAGGUGGGGGUGUGCAGGGCGCGGGGGGAGGUUAUGGAGUCAGUACGCAAAGCAGCUGAGAUGGUUUUAGAAGAGUGCCAGCACCAGUUCAGGAAUCGCCGCUGGAAUUGUUCCACCACUCCACGUGGCAUCAAUGUGUUUGGCAGAGUGAUGAACCAAGGUAGAUCCACAGAGAAGGUCUGCAGUGUCACAUACAUGUCAGGAAUUGGUUGGCAACAGUGCUGUGUGGUUUCAGGCACUCGUGAGGCCUCCUUCGUUCAUGCUCUGUCCUCAGCAGCCGUGGCCGUGGCCGUGACUCGAGCCUGCACCCGCGGGGAGCUGGAGAGGUGUGGCUGCGACAGGAAGGUCAGGGGCGUCAGCCCCGAAGGCUUCCAGUGGUCAGGGUGCAGCGACAACCUGUCCUAUGGCGUGGCUUUCUCCCAAACAUUUGUGGAUGAGCCAGAGCGGGCCAAGGGGCUGUCAGCAGGACGCCCACUCAUGAACCUCCAUAACAACGAGGCUGGUCGAAAGGCCAUCCUCCACAACAUGCAGGUGGAGUGUAAGUGUCAUGGUGUCUCUGGCUCCUGUGAGUUGAAAACAUGUUGGAAAGUCAUGCCUCCAUUCAGGCGUGUUGGCGUUGUGCUUAAGGAACGCUUUGAUGGAGCCACAGAGGUCCGAUUGACCCGCAUCGGAUCCAGGCCUGCCCUUCUUCCCCGUGACCCUCAUGUCAAACCCCCUGCAGCCAGAGACCUUGUGUAUCUUGCACCCUCCCCAGAUUUCUGUCAUCUGGACCCUGAAAACGGCAUCCCAGGGACCGUCGGGCGAAGAUGCAACGGGACAUCUCGGCUGGCACCAGACGGCUGUGAGCUGGUGUGUUGCGGACCAGGGUACAGAGCUGGCCGAGCCGAGGUGGUGCAACGCUGCUCCUGCAAGUUCUCUUGGUGCUGCUCGGUUCGUUGCCAGCAGUGCAAGAACACAGUGACCAUCCAUACCUGCAGAGUGUAAAGGAAGCGCAGACAAGACCUCAACAAAUGAAUGGAACAGAGAGCAGAUUAGACACAAAAAAAACAACAACUUUGGCUACAAAUGGCACCAUAUGUGAUCAAAAACAGUUAGACUUGAAUUAAUUUCCUCCUUUGAUUUGGUGCUUUUGGUGUAAAAAGCUGCUAAAUUAACUUUUAGAGACGAAAGGCUGGCAUCAACAAAAGUCAAAUGCAUGCACACGCAAACUGAAACAAUGACAAAGCUUUUAAAGCUGAACUUAACCGAAACUAACAGGAACAUCGCCACGACUUAUCUGUACAAAAACAUUUUUACUGCGCCUUAGUCUAGCAGGUCUAUGAACAGUUUCUGUAUUUAUGUUUUCUUUUUUGAUUCUGGUUUAUUUAUUUGUUUAUCAGAGUCUUUGCUUUGGCUUGACCUCGAGCGGUGAGAAUAACUUUUACUGACAUCCGUUGCUCUCGUGUUUCGCCCUCGUGUGGAAGUUGUCUGUUUGCUCCGGCAGGAGAACUUUUAGGUCUGCUUAAGGAAUCUAAUAAAUACAUAGUUUCUCUAAAGUA